AAGUUUCUGUAAUUCAUUCCAAAAAAAGCCUCUCCAGCAAACUCAUAUAAGAACAUCUGCAGUAAUGGCGGGAAAGGCAGAGCUUCUCAUAUAAGCUAGCAAUUGCUAACCAUGUAAUAACUUUGAACCUUUCAUGGAUAUUCCUCUCUCGAAACUCUUUCCUAAAUCUCUCGACAGUUAUUUGUCGUUUCUACACCACUAUCCGAUCUUUCAAACACAAACCUUCAAUGUAUCAUUCUUUCAAAUCCAAAACCAUUAACUUCUCAAAUUUCUUUCCCUUUUGUAAAAACGUCAAUCACCUCAAGUCUCUCACGUCUCUUCUUGUAGUCCAUGGUCUAAUUGAGCAGAAGGGUUUGCUUAAAGAACUUUUAAAGGCUUGUUUUCAUGUGGGUGCCUUAGAUAUAGCUCUCUCUUCCUUCAAUACAAUAAGAAAACCAAACGUGUUUCUACAAAAUUUGGUGAUUAGGGGUCUUUGCAAUUACGGGUUGCACGAAACUGUCUUGUCCGUUUAUUUCAAGUGUCGGAGUUUGAGUUAUCCGUCUGAUGAUUUUACGUUUCCUUCUGUGAUCAAGGCUUGUUCGGCUCUUAAUGCUUUAAAGAUUGGAAAAAUACUUCAUUGUAUUGUUUUGCGAACUGGGUAUGAUCAAAAUGUUGUCAUCCAAACUGCUCUGGUUGAUUUUUAUGCGAAAAAUGGUUAUAUGGGAACUGCGCGUGUUCUGAUUGAUAGAAUUCCCCAACCAGACUUGGUUUCUUGGAAUGCUUUGGUUUCAGGUUAUUCUUUUAAUGGGUGUGAUCAUGAAGCUCUUGCGGUUUUCAAGCAUAUGGUUUUAUCGGGUUUGAAGCCUAAUUUGAGUACUCUGGCUAGUGUAAUUCCAAUAUGCACCCGUUUAGGAUGUUUGGAUAUUGGAAGAUGUUUCCAUGGCUUUGCUAUCAAGUCCGGAUAUCUUGUGAAUGAUUUUUUGGUGCCUGCUUUAAUAUCAAUGUAUGCUAGUGAUGUGCAUUUGUCUGCUGCAAAAACAUUGUUUGAUCUUUUGCAGGAGAAGGAUGUUGCUGUUUGGAAUUCUAUGAUUGCAGCUUACAUGCAAAAGCAGUUGCCUUUUGAAGCAUUUAAUAUAUUUCAAGAAAUGCACUAUGCUGGUGUGCAGUCUGAUUCAGUCACUUUUGUGUCUAUUAUUUCUUCAUGUGAGUUUGUUGGUAGUAUCUCAUUUGGUGAAUCCUUUCAUGCUUGUGUUAUAAAACAUGGAUCAGAAAAUCAUAUUUCUGUAUUAGCAGCCUUGGUGUCCAUGUAUGCCAAGCUUGGUGAUAUCAGUAAAGCUGAAUUCCUUUUUGAAAGGAUGCCUAAUAGAAACCUCUUAUCAUGGAAUGUGAUGGUCUCUGGAUAUGUGCAUAAUGGGCUGUGGGAUGCAAGUUUGGCAGCAUUUUGCGAAAUGCAAUUAUGUGGAUUCAUUCCAGAUGUAGUGUCAAUAACUAGUGUCCUUUCUGCCUGCUCCAAACUUGAGGCCAUUUUGCUAGGCAAGUCUGCUCACGCAUUUAGCAUCAGAAUGGGAAUCAACUCAAGCCUUAUUGUGUCAAAUGCACUCCUCACAUUUUACUCUGAUUGUAAUGAUCUUGCCUCUUCCUUUAAUCUGUUUUUCAAAAUGGACAACCGAGAUUCUGUGUCGUGGAACACUUUGAUAUCUAGAUGUGUGCACAGUGUAGAAGUGGACAAGGCAGUUGAACUUCUUCAUCUGCUGCAGAAAGAAGGAUUGGCAUUGGAUUUGGUGACCCUGAUAAGCAUUCUCCCCAUGUACCGUGACAGUGAAAAUUUGGGUCAAGGGAUGACUCUUCAUGGUUAUGCUAUAAAAAAUGGGUUUUCCUCUGACAUUUCCUUGGCCAAUGCACUUAUUACCAUGUAUUGUAAAUGUGGAGAUCUAGAUACAGGGAGAUUACUAUUUGAAGUUAUGCCCAGAAGGUCUGUAGUGUCUUGGAAUGCCCUUAUUGGAGGGUAUCGAGUUAACAACCUCCAGAAUGAGGUUUUGACUAGCUUUAAACGAAUGAUAAAUGAGGGUUGGAGGCCAAAUUCGGUAACUUUGCUAAAUCUAUUGCCUCUAUGCUGUGGACAACUGCAGGGUAAGUCUAUUCACGCUUUUGCAAUAAGAGCAGGAAUUUCACAAGAAACUCCUCUUCUUACAUCUCUGGUGUUCAUGUAUGCUAGAUUUGCAAAGGUGAAUACGUGUCAUUUUCUAUUUGAAAUGAGCAAAAAGACAGAUAUAUCUUUGUGGAAUGCUAUUCUUUCUGUGCAUAUCCAAACAAAGAAUGCCGAAAAAGCAGUUGCACUAUUCUGUGAUCUCCUUCGAAUGGGCUUGCAACCUGACAAUGUAACAGUUUUAAGUUUAAUUUCGGCAUAUGCUCAAUUAAAUAGCCUAAAACUUGCUGAUUCUGUAAUGGCCUAUGUUGUACGCAAAGGAUUUGACAAAGAUAUGGCUAUCAGCAAUGCGCUUAUAGACGUAAAUGCAAGAUGUGGAAAUAUUUCAGCUGCUAGAAAGAUGUUUGAGAGCUUGCUUGAAAAGGAUGCUGUAUCUUGGAGUGUGAUGAUUAAUGCAUAUGGUAUGCAUGGGGAAGGCAAAGCUGCCCUUGAACUUUUCUGGCAGAUGCAAUUUUCAGGCAUGAGACCCGACAAAAUUACUUAUUCGAGUAUUUUAUCAGCUUGCAGCCAUGCUGGUUUAGUCGAGCAAGGUUGGAUAGUCUUCAAUUCAAUGAUAGAGCAGGGGAUAUCACCAGAAAUGGAGCAUUAUGCCUGCAUAGUGGACCUACUUGGCAGAACAGGUCACUUGAGAGAGGCUUUUGCCAUUGUUAAGAAGCUAAAAUGUAAGCCAUCAAUUAGCCUACUCGAAUCAUUAUUGGGUGCGUGUAAAAUCCAUGACGAUGUCGAACUUGGGGAGAAAAUUAGCGGGAUGAUAUUUGAAAUGGACCCAGAAAAUUCAGGAUCAUACGUUAUGCUUUCUAGUAUGUACGCAUCAGCUGGACGGUGGAGAGAUGCGAAUAGAGUAAGGUCUAGUAUAGAAGAAAGAAGAUUAAGAAAAGUACCAGGAUACAGUUCAGUUUUCUUUUCUGAACAUUGAAUCUGCAUAAAAAACGCGUGAUGAAAUCAUGCAAUGACUCUAAUGUGGAAGAAUGUUGAUCCAAAAAGCAACAGGGAAUGGAAUAGCUAGCAAGUACAGUUUGAUGUAAGAUGGAGAAUAGCUAGACAAGAUGGAUUCAGUUGCCGACAAGCCGUUCUUUAAUUUCAUUAUUGUUUGUGAAAACGAUUCCAUGAAGGUAACAGCGAGUAUCCACACCCGUUACGGGAGUUUUCAGUACAGUGCAGAGACUUUAUGAGGGCCGUUGCGUGCCAACGGCUCCGCUAUCUAAGGGUCGGUGAACCUCCAAAAUCCCGUUCCAAAUUGAAAUUUGAUUUGAAUGGCUACGAUUCCAACCAAUUUGCACCCCUGCAUGCAGUUGAUAUUUAAUUCGUACCCAUUAACUAUACUGUAAGUGUUGGAUAAAGAUUUCAAUCUUCAACUAAUUCUAUCAGCUAUAUUUUGAAAUUUUUUUAUAAAAUGGCAGCUAAUUUAUAUUUA